GUUGUCUCAGGGUGCCAGUUCGUCCGCGGUCUCCCGUCUGGACGAAGAGAUCGUUUUCGUGAGUGAAACCGAAUCAAGCCAGGAUUGGCCGCUGGAUACACAGUAGGAUUAAGGUGGAAGGAGGCUGCGAUCAGCCAUGGGGACGGCAAAGAUGAAACAUCUUUUGCCGUUGGUGGUAUGGAUACUACUAUCUUCGUAUCCAGCCGAAUCUCUCAAUGGAAUCGGACUCGGAAUAAGAAGAGAAGUCUUUUUUCUGAAUCUGGAGGACGGUUAUUUCGGAUGCCAGGUCAACGAGUCAACCGAUGUUUUACAAUUACUGGAACUUUCAAAACUUUGCGACGGACAUACAGACUGUUUUCAGGGCACGGAUGAGCAACGAGACAGGCUCAAGUGCACUGAUGACUGUACAAAAGAAGAUGGAACCAAGUGUCAGAAUGGCGUUUGCCUUGACUCCGUCUGUCAUUGUAACGACGGAUUUGGAGGUUGUAACUGUCAAGUUCCAGAUGAGAACGAGUGCAAAUAUCGCCCUUGUGAUAUUUUUGCACACUGUACAAAUACCCUAGGCAGUUUUCAGUGCUCGUGCUUUCCUGGUUAUCGGGGCGACGGUUUCCAUUGCGAAGAUAUCAACGAAUGCGACGAUCCAGUGCUUGCUGCACGAUGCGUUGAGAAUGCAGAAUGUUGCAACUUACCGGCAAAUUUUCUCUGCAAGUGCAAGCCCGGUUACACCGGGGAUGGUGAGGAGCAUUGUGAGGAUGUUGAUGAGUGCGCGAUACCUGGUGCUUGUGGCGAGAAUACUCUCUGCCAGAAUAUCCCUGGAAAUUAUACAUGCUCGUGUCAGCCUGGAUAUACGGGAGACCCCUAUGAAAUUUGUAGCGACUUUAAUGAAUGCGAAUACGAAGGGGCUUGCGGUCGUGAUGCUCUUUGCGUUAAUUUACCCGGAAGUCAUAGGUGCGAAUGUCCUGAGGGAUAUGAAGGCAAUCCCCAGGAUGGUUGCGUUGAUAUAAAUGAAUGCGCUAAGAGCCCCUGUGGCCGAUCUGCUCUUUGUACGAACAUGGACGGCAGUUUUCGUUGUUCGUGUCCCGAUGGUAUGGACGGUGAUCCGUUAACUGGUUGUCAGGAUAUAAACGAAUGCGAGGGGAAUACGUCCUGCGGAAGCAAUGCGGAAUGCAUCAACACAGAAGGCAGUUUCGAAUGUCGUUGUCUACCUGGGUAUCAAGAAGAUUCCAUCCACGGAUGCAUCGACGUGAACGAGUGCUCUGGCAGUAACGCCUGUGCUACUAACGCAAAAUGCAUAAAUGUACCAGGUUCCUUUAAAUGCAUAUGUCCGCAAGGUUUCAUUGGUCAAGGACUUACACUAUGCGAAAAUGUGAACGAAUGCGGAAAAAAUCCCUGCGGAGAGAACGCCGACUGCAUUGACACCAUUGGCAGUUUCGUUUGUAGCUGCAAGGAAGAUUACACUGGAGAUCCAUUCAAGGGUUGCAGUGAUAUCGAUGAAUGCACAACAUACGAAAAUCCAUGCGGUUCAAAUGCUAUCUGCAAGAACGCCGUUCCUGGUUACAAUUGCAUUUGUCCGCCGGGUUACAGCGCCAAUCCAAGCCCGGCAGUUGCGUGUGAUCAGACCGAUGUGGCAACUUUGUGUAAGACAAACUUUGAUUGCGUGAACAAUGCCGAGUGUAUCGAAGGUCAAUGCUUCUGUAAGGAUGGAUUUAAAGCUGUUGGUGCUAAAUGCGAAGAUUUGGAUGAGUGCACAACGAAUCCUUGUGGUCCUGCUUCCGUUUGUACAAAUACAAAGGGAAGUUACCAUUGUGAAUGUGAGACUGGCUUCGUUGGCACUCCGCCACAUAUUCCUUGUAAAGCUCCUUGUGAUGAGGUCACUUGCGGCCAUCAUGCUUUCUGCAAGGCGGAUGGACAUGAAGCGUAUUGUAUUUGUGAAGAUGGCUGGACAUUUAAUCCUAAUGAUAUAUCAGCAGGUUGCGUUGAUAUUGAUGAGUGUGAUACUGUAAAUGGACCCUCCGGUAGAUGUAGCAAGAAUGCUAUUUGUACCAAUACACCUGGUGGGUUCUCUUGUCAAUGCGAACCUGGAUAUUCUGGAAAUGCUUUUAAACAGUGUAUAGACGUUGAUGAAUGCUCAAGACCUGGUGCUUGCGGUCAUGGUGCAAUCUGUACAAAUACUGAUGGUUCCUACACCUGUACUUGUCCAGAGGAAACAAUACCAGAUCCAAAUCCUUAUAUAAAAUGUGUCGGAGUAGUUACUUGUAAUACCGAUGGUGACUGUCCUGGAAAUGCAAUUUGUGAUGCACAGAAACGUUGUCUGUGUCCUGAACCAAAUGUUGGAAAUGAUUGCAGACAUCCCUGUGAAGACUUAUCGUGUGGCCCCAAUGCUCACUGCAUGCUUCUGAACGAUCAAGCAACCUGUCUAUGUAGCAACGGAUAUAGAGGAAAACCUGGUGUGAAGGAUGGAUGCACGGAUAUUGAUGAAUGUUUAGUAAAUCCGUGUCCUCCUGGUGCAAUAUGUAACAACGAGCCAGGAUCUUUCUCCUGUCAAUGUCCUAGUGGAACAACCGGCGAUCCUUACAGCGGUGGUUGCCAAGAAUCUGAACUGCCUCACGUUUGCGGACCAAAUACACCGUGUCCUGCUGGUGAACAAUGUAUUAAGGAUGAAUUUGUUGGCAGCAGCGUGUGCAUCUGUCAACGGGGUUACACACGUGACGCAGAAACUGGAAAAUGUCGAGACAUCAAUGAGUGCAUGGAACUCAGAGAAAAACCUACCUGUGGUAUCAAUGCUAUUUGCAAGAAUCUUCCUGGCAGUUAUGAAUGUCAGUGUCCACCAGGAUUCAAUGGCAAUCCAUUUGCUCUGUGCGAAGAAUGCAACAGCAUCGAAUGUCAAUGUCAACCACCCUAUAAAAUUGUCGAUGGAAGAUGUAUGUUAGCUGGAUGUUCCAAGGGUGAAACUUGCCCCAGUGGUGCGGAAUGCAUAACGAUUUCUGGUGGAGUUAGUUAUUGUGCUUGUCCUAAAGGAUACAGAACGAAACCUGAUGGUUCAUGCGAGGACAUCAACGAGUGCAUCGAGGGUCAUCAAACCUGCGGUUAUGGCGCUGAGUGUAUCAACUUACCUGGUGCUCAUCAAUGUGUUUGCCCUCAUGGCUAUGGCGGCGAUCCUUACAAUGGUCUGUGUUCUCCAGCACAGAAGAGAUGCACAAACGACAACGAGUGCAAGGCUAAUGAGAAAUGCGUGCAGCCUGGUGAAUGUGUUUGUCCACCUCCAUUCUAUACAGAUGCAUUGGAUGGCAAUCUUUGCAAGAAUCCUUGCAACAGAUUCCCUUGUGGCAUUAAUGCUAAAUGCACACCUAGUGAUCCUCCCAAGUGCAUGUGUGAGACAGGCUAUGAAGGUGAUCCUCAGCAUGGUUGCAUAGAUAUAAACGAAUGUGCAAACAACCCCUGCGCUGUUGGUGCUUACUGUGUCAAUAACAAGGGCGGUCACGUCUGCGAGUGUGUCAAAGGAAUGCAGGGCGAUCCCUACGUGUCUGGAUGCACCGGUGUUGCUAUUGCUAAACAGGAAUGCACUUCCAAUGACGACUGUGAGAACUAUCUGGCAUGUGUCCAGGGCAGCUGCGUCAAUCCUUGUGAUAACGUGCCCUGCGGCCCUAAUGCUUAUUGCGAACCUGACAAACAUGCCGCUUGGUGCCGUUGCAUUGUUGGUUUCACCGAAGGAAAGAACAAUGAAUGCGUUUCUCAAUGCGAUGGCUUUGUCUGUGGACGUGGAGCCCAGUGUAUUGUCAGCUACGACGGUCCAACUUGUAAAUGUAUUGAAGGUUUCAUGGGAAAUCCAUUCCCCGGUGGACAGUGUGUUCCUGAUGUAUGCUCUCCGGAUGUUCCUUGCGAAGAACCAAGCGUGUGCAUUAGUGGCCGUUGUAAGCGACGCUGCGAAGGUGUCGUUUGCGGAAUUGGUGCCACUUGCGAUCCACUUACCAACAAGUGCACGUGCAAUCCUUACUUCAUCGGCAAUCCUGAUCUACUUUGUAUGCCACCGGUUCAGCCACCACAUUGCGAUCCAACUUGUGGAGAGAAUGCACAUUGCGAAUACGGUCUGAUCGAUUCGAAAUGCAUCUGUAAUCCUGGAACAAGUGGUAAUCCUUAUCACGGUUGCGGAAUUCAGGAGAAGUCUGACUGUUCCAGUGCACUUUGUGGAAAGGAUGCACAUUGUAGUGCUGGACCAAAUGCUGUCGAAUGCCUUUGUCCACCUGGCUAUGCUGGAAAUCCUUACAUUCAAUGUUACGAUAUUAACGAAUGCAACGGAAAUGCAUGUGGCAACAAUGCAGUCUGUAUCAACACAAUUGGCAGUUAUGACUGUCGGUGUAAGGAUGGAUUCUUUGGAAAUCCUUUCUUAGGAUGUCAGGAGCUGCAUGUAGGCCCGUGUACGGAUCCUGCAACAUGUACGUGCAGCAAGGAAGUCCCAUGCCCUGACGGAUUCUCAUGUAUCGAUGCCAAAUGCAUUGACAGAUGCAGUGACAUCAAAUGCGGUCCCAGAUCCGUUUGUCAAGAAGGAAUUUGUGUCUGUCCACCUGGAUACAGCGGUAAUGCUAAUGAUCUGAGUAAAGGAUGUCAUAUUCAAGGUCACUGCUCCAACGACCUGGAUUGCGAACAACAGCAGAUAUGUUUCCAAGUUGGAAAGGGUGUUCGGAAGUGCGUGGAUGCGUGCAGCAAACUUCAAUGUGGACCAAAUGCGCUUUGCGUUGCAGAGAAUCACGUGUCCUCUUGCAUCUGCGUAGAUGGAUACAGCGGCAAUCCUAGCAACCUUGCAGAAGGUUGUCAACCAGCUAAGAUAGCUGUCACUUCUUCCUGUACUGACAAUUCAGAGUGCGAGGAUGGCUUCUUCUGCACGCUUCUGGAUACUGGAGUACGAGAAUGCAUCAAUCCAUGCAACAAAGUCGCAUGCGGAUCUCAUGAAAAGUGUGAGCCUGACUUAGUUGGACACGCAACAUGCAAAUGUAUAGAUGGCUAUGAAUGGAAUCCAGUAUCAUCCUCUUGCGAAAAACCUUCUGUACCAGACUGUAUCACUGAUAAGGACUGCCAUACAACUGCAGCAUGUCGACCGGAUGCAUUGGGUGUUCUGAAGUGUUCACCAAUCUGCGAAAGCUUCACAUGUGCUGUUAACUCUCAGUGCGUUGCAGAAAAUCAUCGUGGCCAUUGCGAAUGUCUUCCUGGCUUUGGCGGAAAUCCCAAUGAUCGUAACGGUUGCCAGAGUAUACGCAGAAAUCAGUGCACCACUGACUCCGAGUGUCCUGAAGAUCACACCUGUAGAUCAACUACUGAAGGGGUACUUACCUGCCAACCUGUUUGCAAUUUUGUCUCCUGUGGACCCAAUGCACUUUGUGUCGUCAAUAAUCAUGUAGCAAAUUGCGAAUGUCCUCCUGGACUCUAUGCUGGUGAUCCUAAUGAUAAGACUAAUGGAUGUCAGACAGUACCAUGCGUAUACAACAUUGACUGUCCACCUGCUCAACUGUGCAAUCGUUUAACUCAUACCUGCUACGAUGCAUGCGAUAAGAACGAAUGCGGAUUGAACGCUGUCUGCAUUGCUGAUGAUCACAGAGCUAUUUGCCAAUGUCCGCCAGGAUUCCGACCAAACCCAGUAGCGGAAGUUGAAUGCGUGAGCAUUGAAACAUGCUUCCCUAAUCCUUGUCAUGCCACUGCAAUAUGCGUUGCUGGUGCAUCGGAUAGUCCUGUCUGUCAAUGUCCACCAAACCACGUCGGCGACCCAUAUUCUGCAGGAUGUCAGCCAGAAGGAUCUUGCGUCAGCAGCAAGGAUUGCCCUGUUCAUUCAAUCUGUCAAAAUGAUAGAUGCAUAAAUCCAUGUGAAAACGCAUGUGGAGCCAAUGCACUUUGUGAAAUUAUCAAUGGAGAGCCAAUUUGCAAAUGUCUCCAGAGAUUUGUACCAUCUUCAAAGGGCGUGCAGGACGGCUGUGUUCGUAUCACAAACUACUGUAAUGCCGAUGCUGAUUGCGAUGGUUUGGUUUGUCUGGACGGGCAAUGCAGAGCGGUCUGCAGGUCAGCUACAGAUUGUUCGGAUAAAGAAAAAUGCAUAAACAACAAAUGUGCAGUUCCUUGUGCAUCGCAUAGUCAAUGUCAAGCUGAUCAGACAUGCGUGAACGGUGUUUGCAUCUUAGGAUGUCGCAGUAACAAAAAUUGUCCAUCGACAGAGUCCUGCAUUAACAACAAAUGUCAAGAUCCUUGCUCAAAGGAAAAUGUAUGCGGACCAAACGCAAUCUGCAGCUGUAUCGAUCAUGCAACAACCUGCACCUGUCCCCUGGGAUUCCAAGGAAAUCCUACACCUGAACAAGGCUGCGUUCGUGUUCCCAGUGUUUGCGAGAGCCCACGAGAUUGUCCUACGCAACACACCUGCAUCUCGGGACUCUGUCAAUGCCAAUGCAACGAUCAGAGCAACUGCGCUCAGGGUGAAAGAUGCAAGAAUGGAUUCUGUGUCAAAAUAUGCUAUGGAGACAGUAAUUGCUUGCCUGGUGAACUUUGUAUCGAUGGAAAUUGCGAGAUUGGCUGCACUUCAGAUGCUGGUUGUAAGACCGAUGAGAUAUGCAUCAACAGCAAAUGCAGGUGCAGUCAUGGAUUCAUUGCUGGUCCUGAAAAAUGUUUGGACAUCAACGAAUGCGAAGAACAACCCUGUCACCCAAGUGCGGAAUGCCAUAAUCUUCAUGGCUCUUACCGGUGCAUCUGUCCCCAAGGCACUGUAGGCGAUCCAGUUACAACUGGUUGUCUUAUACCACAUCAAUGUAACUUGCAUUCGGAUUGCCCUGAUUCGCAAGCCUGUAUUCAACACAAUUGUUCCGAUCCUUGUUCCUUUGUUGACUGCGGAUUAAAUACUCUUUGUUCGGUGGUCGACCACACUGCCGCUUGUCAAUGUCAACCUGGAUUUAUUGGUGAUGCAUCAGGAUGUUUCAAAGUAGAGUGUCUUUCCAACAAUGACUGUCCUGGAGAUAAAUACUGCAACCAGGACACCAAUAAAUGCUCUAGUCCUUGCAAUCAGAUAAAUUGUGGGUACGGAAAUUGCGCUGUCGUUGAUCACGUUGGAGUAUGCAAGUGCUACCCUGGCUUUACUCUUUCUGGUGAUAUUUGUACAGAUGUGAAUGAGUGUCUACAGAAUCCUUGUCAUCCAACAGCCCACUGCCAAAAUACUGAAGGUUCCUACACCUGUACUUGUCCUCAUGGCUUGAUUGGUGAUCCAAUCAAGGUAGGAUGCAAACAACCUGGUGACUGCUUCACAGAUUCGGAUUGUCCCAAUUCUGCUGCCUGUAUUGAUAACACCUGUAGCAAUCCUUGCGAUGCACCUGCAGUCUGUGGACAAAGUGCUGAAUGCAUCACGAGGGAUCAUGUGCCUCACUGCAAAUGUCCAGGACAAACUACUGGAGAUCCACAUGUAAAAUGCACUCAACUCGAAUGCAAUUAUCACAGCGACUGUGAUGCAUCCGAUGCUUGCUUCGAUCACAAAUGCAUUGAUCCUUGUUCAGUACCGAAUGUAUGUGGACAAGGUGCUGAUUGCUCACCACUUAACCACAGCGCUGUUUGUACAUGUCAACCUGGUGGAACAGGAGAUCCAAACCUGGGCUGUACCCCGGUGCAAUACUGUAAAUCUGAGAGCCAAUGUCCAACUGGCUCUUCAUGCAAUAGUGGAAUAUGUACAGCACUUUGUGGAAGCACAAGAGACUGCAUAGGAGACCAACUAUGCAUAAAUGGACUUUGCCAGCCAACUUGCAGGAGCAAUUCCAGUUGCCCAGAUUUCCAAUUUUGUCAAAACAACAUUUGCGUUCAGGAACUUCGUUGCUUGUCAGAUAACGAUUGUGGUUACGAUGAGAAAUGCAUCAAGAACACUAUUGGACAAGCUGAAUGCAAAAAAGCAUGUGAACUCAUUUUGUGCGGCCGUAAUGCAGAAUGCAAAUCUGACAAUCAUAUCGCCACGUGCACUUGCAAGUCUGGUUUCUUUGGAGAUUCAUACGACGAUAAGCUCGGGUGCGAACCAGUUGAAUGCGAGUCAAACGAUCAGUGUUCCGAUGAAAAGAUCUGUGAUUCCUAUAAAUGCAGGAUUGCCUGUAUUAUGAAGAAUCCUUGCGGUGUGAAUGCAGUUUGUUCGGCAGAACGCCACGUGCAGACAUGCACUUGUCAACCCGGAUAUACUGGUGAUCCACUGCGUGGUUGUGAAUUGAUAGACUACUGUGCAAACGGCCCUUGCGCACCUGGAACUACUUGUGAAAAUUCUCGUGGUUCCUUCAAGUGUCACUGCCAACCUGGAACUGUAGGCGAUCCUUACAACAGCGGUUGCAAGACACCAGUCGAAUGCGAACAGGAUAACGACUGCCCACUUACCGCCAAAUGUAUAAAUAUUAAUAAUGUGCCAAAGUGUUCGGACGUUUGUGCAAGUAUACAAUGUGGACCAAAUGCAGAAUGCAUAGCUAGCAAUCACGCUGGCUCUUGUCAAUGUCGACCGGAUUACCAAGGCGAUGCAAAUAGUCUGAAUAUUGGAUGCCGACCUAAACCAAUAUCAUGUUCAUCAGCUGCCGAUUGUGCCGCCAAUACAUACUGUUACGAAAAGAUCUGUCGUCCAUCUUGCCAAUCUGAUGAGGAAUGCAAUCUAUCAGAUGUAUGUGCCAGUGGUCAAUGCUUGGAUCCUUGCGACCUUAGAGCAGCCUGCGGAAUAAAUGCUGAAUGUCGUGUAAGAACUCACAUCAAACAGUGCAGUUGCCCUGCUGGUUUUACUGGAAAUUCAGAAGUGGAAUGCGUGCGACUACCUGUAUCCUGCCAUGGUAACAGUGACUGCAAUGACGGAAACACCUGUAGGGAUAACGUGUGCCUACCAAUAUGUACAGUGGAUGACAAUUGUGCAUUCAAUGAGAAGUGCAUUCGUGGCAAUUGCCUGUUGACAUGCAGACUGGAUAACGAUUGCUUCCUUGGACACAUCUGUCUGCACAAUAUGUGCACCUUCGGUUGCAGGGCUGAUGAGGAUUGCAAUGCCAACGAAGCUUGUCUGACCAACAAGUGUAUAAAUCCUUGUGAAGGAACACCAUGUGGUCCUAACGCGAAAUGUACUGUGUCCAAUCAACGCGCUACCUGCUCCUGUCCAUCUGGAUUUAUACCCAAUCCAACAGCCAGAGUAGCUUGUCUACGAUCACCAGGACCAAUUUGUCAGGCUAACAGAGACUGCAGUGCUGGUACUACUUGCAUUGCCGGUGCUUGCACUCCUGUCUGUUCCUCCAAUGCUAAUUGUCUCAGCAACGAACGUUGUGACAGUACUGGCGUCUGUAAAGCUCUGUGUAGAAGGGAUGAGGAUUGUCGAAGUGGUGACAUUUGCGAAGGACUUGUAUGCGUUGCUGGAUGCAGAGCUGACAUUGAGUGCCAGGAUAAUUAUGCGUGUGUCAACAGCAAAUGCAUUGACGUGUGUUCGUUGCCAAACGCAUGCGGUACCAAUGCUGAGUGCAUUGUAGUAAAUCAUCAGAAACAAUGCACUUGUCCAAUUCCAUUAGUUGGCGAUGCUCGUGUCGGAUGUAGACAAUCAUUCCUACCUUGCUCUUCAGCUGCUGAAUGUUUGCCUGGUCAGACCUGUUAUGGUAGAUCCUGCUACUCUACCUGUAGAAGCGAUGCCAACUGCUUAAGCGAUGAGCGUUGCGAUGGCGGUUUAUGCAAAGCAAUUUGCAACAGCGACGACAAGUGCGUAGCUAAUCAGAUCUGUAAGAAUCGUCUGUGCGACAUCGGUUGUCGCAGUGACAACUCUUGUCCAUCUGACGAGUCCUGCAUAAACAAUCAGUGCAGAAACCCAUGCGAGGGUGGCAAAGCCUGUGGGGAAUGUGCGGGUUGUCGCGUUGUAAAUCAUGCCGCACAAUGCAGUUGUCCUAUCAAUUAUUAUGGCAAUGCGCUCAUAAGCUGUACGAAGACUAUGAUACCUUGCGACGGUAGCUGCGAAUGUGACGACAUUGGAUUCUGCCUAAAGAGUUGCCGAACCGAGGACGAAUGUUCGUGCGGUGAAGUUUGCAGUGGAGGAAAGUGCCGUGUCAAGUGUGACGUUAACAACGGAUGUCCCAAGGGUUACACGUGCCAGAGAGGUCUGUGUCUUAUUGGAUGUCGCACACAUUCAGACUGUCCAUCCAGUCUGUCCUGUACCAACGGCCAGUGUACAAAUCCCUGUACAACCGAAGGACCACCCUGUGGUAUCAAUGCUCUUUGUCGCGUCUCCAACCACCGCGCAGUCUGUCUGUGUCCCGAAGGAUUCCAGGGUGAACCAAGCCAAGAAUGUUACCAGCUCGAAUGCCAUCGUGACGAGGAUUGCGAAUCUAACAAGCGUUGCAGUGUGGAUGGAGUCUGCACGAAUCCUUGUCUGCAACACGGAGUGUGUGGCUUCAACGCACAGUGUCGCGUAGUAAACAGACAUGCCCAGUGUUCGUGUCCACCGGGACACUUUGGAAAUCCUAAAAUCAACUGUAUGAAAGGUGGAAUAAUCGGAGGACCGGCUGACGAUCUCUGCAGGGAUACUCGUUGCGGUGUGAACGCAGCUUGUCGCAUUAACAAGAACCGACCAGAAUGUUAUUGUCCACCGAAUUAUCCAACCGGAGACCCGUUACAGGCUUGCAGUGCAGACAGGAGUUCAGCCGACUGCCGUACGACUGGCUGUGGCAAGGGUGCCGAGUGCAUACGUGACGGUAUAAUAUUCGUAUGCAGGUGUCCACCAGGUACAAGCGGUUCUUCGGACGACGAGUGCACGACAGAGCGAGAGUGCACCAGUGACUUAGAGUGUCCCAAUGAGAAAGCCUGCAUAAAUCUACAAUGCCUGGAUCCUUGUGCCCUGCGCGGCGCCUGCGGAAUCAAUGCCCUGUGCCGUGUUGUCCUGCACAAGCCACGAUGCUCGUGUCCACAGUGUUACAUCGGCAUGCCCCACACCGCGUGUCAUCCUGAUCUCAAAUGCGAGACGCUCAGUCCCAGACCUGCCCUCCCGAGCAUCGGAUGCUCAUCAGAUAACGACUGCCCGGAGAGUCUCGCGUGUCGCGUGCAGGCUGGCGAGUGCAGGGAUCCCUGUCUUGACUCGCAGUACGGCUGCGAGAUAAACAAGAAGUGUCAGGUGCGCAAUCACAGGCCGAUGUGCGUGUGCAAGCACGGUUUCGUCGUUAACGAGAUCGGCGAGCUCAUGUGCGCCCCAGACAGUCCUACGUGCUCCAGAGAUUUCGAUUGCCCGUCGAAUGCCGCGUGCAUCAAUGGGAAAUGUCAGAGCCCCUGUAACGUACGUAAAAAGCCGCCCUGCCCGUCCGAUAAAACCUGCGGCGUUUUGGAUCAUCGGCCCGUCUGCAUUUGCACGCGAAACUGCAAUCCUUCCCUCUCCAUUUGCCUGCGAGACAGUGGCUGCUCUCCAGACUUGGCGUGCCGCAACUAUCGCUGCGUGGACCCAUGCAGCAACUCUACCUGUCCGGCCGAUGCCCCCUGUUACGUGGAGGAGCACAAGCCUAUCUGCAAGUUCUGUCCCUACGGCUUUGUGCCAGAUACUAAAUAUGGAUGCAUGAAAGACGUCAAGUGUACAACACAUGGAGAUUGUCCUGCGCAAUUGGCCUGCAUUAACGAACAGUGCUUGAAUCCUUGCACUCUUGGCAAUCCUUGUGAUUACGUGGAAGAAUGUCAUGUGGAGGAACAUCGACCAGUUUGCGUCAAAGUUGUUCAAUCAGUCGACGAUGAAUGCCCGUACUGUCCACCAGGAAUGGAGUGUGACUCAGCUACACGACAAUGUGUGAAAGUGGGUUGCACUAGCGACAGGGAUUGUCCACUGACAGAGAGCUGCGUCGGACAAGUUUGCCAAGAACCAUGCUUGAUUCGCAAUCCAUGUGCGAAACAUGCUGUCUGUAUCAACACCAAUCAUGGAGCAGAUUGCAGCUGCGAGGAAGGAUAUCAUGGAAAUGGAUUUGCUACCUGUAGUUUGGUCGAGGAAGGAAAGAACAUCUGCCAGUACAAUGAAGAUUGUCCGCCCAAUAAACUUUGUAAUAGAUUAAAUAGACGUUGCAUUAAUCCUUGUUUCGAGGAUACUUGCGGUGAUAAUGCUGAAUGCUAUGUUGAGAAUCACGAAGCAAAGUGUAAAUGUCCUUUCGGAUAUCGUGGAAAUGCAUAUAUUGAGUGUCACAAAGAUUCUAGAUGUACGACUGACAGUGAAUGCGCCAGUAGCGAGGCUUGCAUAAACAGCCGCUGUGGAAAUCCAUGCAACUGUGCGAGCAAUGCCAUUUGUGACGUGAAGAAUCACAAAGCCUCUUGCAAGUGCCUACCUGGAUACUCUGGCGAUCCUUCGGUUGGCUGUGUGGAGACUUCCACCAAUCCUUGUAUUCCAAAUCCUUGCGGACUUCAAGCGAUUUGCGAGAUUGACAAUGGAAAUCCUAUUUGCUUCUGUCCCAAGGGUCUUACUGGAAAUCCUUUCAAGCAGUGCAUUCCAGAAGGUGACAACUGUCAAGGAGAUCCCUGCGGUCCAAAUUCUGGAUGUCGCAUUGUCAACGGUCAGGUUAAAUGUUUCUGCUUGCCAGGAUACGAAGGCAAUCCGCCAAGGGUAUCCUGUACACUUCCGGAUAAUCCUUGUGAUCCUUCACCAUGUGGACCAAAUACCCAGUGCACUGUUUUAGAAAAUGGAUUCUCCAAGUGUACCUGUCUACCAGGAUACAUUGAGAGUCCAAAUACCAUCAGAGGAUGCGUAUUGCAAUCAGAUCCUUGUCAACCGAAUCCUUGUGGAACUGGUGCUGUCUGUGACGCGAAGAAGGAUCCUCCUUGUUAUUGUCCUGACUCAACCGUUGGAAAUCCUUACAAGAUUUGUGCAACACCAACCGUAGUGGAACUAUGUCAACCAGGACCAUGUGGUCGCAACGCGGAUUGUUACGUUUCUUACAAUCAAGAACAAUGUUACUGCAAGACUGGAUUCAUAGGCGAUCCUUACUCUGGUUGUCACGCGCCUCCCAUCAGCCCCUGUCAACCAAGUCCAUGUGGUCCCAAUGCAGAGUGCCGAGUCACGCCGCAAAAUCAAGCUUUGUGCGAGUGCAUCGAUGGCACAUCUGGUGAUCCUACCAGUGCAGCCGGAUGCAACAGACCUGAAUGCACUGUGGAUGACGAUUGUUCCUUGAUAGAAGCUUGUAUGGGAUACAGGUGCCAGAAUCCAUGUCUGGGAGCCUGCGGCAUUGGUGCCACCUGUCGCGUCGAACUUCAUCAUCCUGUAUGUUCCUGCAAGGAAGGUCUGUAUGGCAAUCCAACAAUGAGAUGCUCGCCACCACUUGUUCCUGAACCACCGAAGAACCCUUGUUUGCCAAGCCCAUGCGGACUCAAUACAAUUUGUCAAGUUCUGCAAGAUAGAGCAGUCUGUUCCUGUCUCCCGGAGUUCAUUGGAGAUCCUCAGAGCGGAUGCCAUCCUGAGUGUACCAUCAAUUCAGAUUGCUCUGAUGACAAGGCUUGUAUUGGAACGAAGUGCAUAAAUCCAUGUUCACUUGGUACUAUUUGCGGUGCAAAUGCAGAAUGCAGAGUUUCAUAUCAUACAGCAACCUGUGUCUGCCACACGAAUUACUUCGGCAAUCCUUUCAUCCGCUGUACUCCAAGACCUACAAUAUCAAUGGAUGAUCAACGCAAUCUCACUCUGCCCUGCAUGCCUUCACCUUGCGGACAGAGUUCUUUGUGUGAUACAUUUACCAAUCAAGUUGCAGUUUGUGGAGGAUGCAAUUCUCCAGACAAUCAGAACAGUGUAUUCUGCAGACCUGAAUGUUUAAGUAACAGUGAUUGUGCGUUUAAUCAAGCAUGUAUCGGAUGGAAGUGUGCAGAUCCUUGUCUGGGUUCUUGUGGCGCUAAUGCAAAUUGUGCUGUUAUUUUGCAUACACCAGUUUGCAGUUGUCCAUAUGGACUGUAUGGUAAUCCGUACCAUAGUUGCAUUCCUCAAGCUGUAGAAACGCAAGAUCCUUGCAGCACAACUCAAUGCGGUGCUAAUGCACUUUGCGAAGAAAGAAAUGGCGCGACCACUUGUAAGUGCUUACCGAAUUACUUUGGCAAUCCUUUCAUCGCAUGCCACUUGGAGUGUGUACAGAAUUCUGACUGCAGUAUGGAUCGAGCUUGUUCCAGUCACAAAUGCGUGGAUCCUUGUAUUGGCACUUGUGGUCCCAGUGCAUCUUGUGAUGUUAUCAAUCAUUUCCCUGUUUGUUACUGUAACACAGGAUACUCUGGUGAUCCAUUCGUAUAUUGUCAUCCAAUACGAGAUGUACCAGCGGUGCCAACACCAUAUCCAUUGAAUCCUUGUGAUCCAUCUCCAUGUGGACCUUACAGCAGAUGUACAGUAUCACCUCAAGGCUACGCAACUUGUUCCUGCUUACCAGGAUACAGAGGAAGUCCACCUCUUUGUAACCCAGAGUGCGUCGUCAGUUCUGAUUGUCUGCAAAUUCAAGCUUGCAUAAAUAACAAAUGUGUUAAUCCAUGCAAUGGAAUAUGUGGCUACAAUGCACUGUGUUCUGUGAUCAAUCACAAUCCUACAUGCAGCUGUCCUGCUGAUCAACUAGGAGAUCCGUUCGUGAGAUGUUAUGCUCCGAUCGACAGAGAAGAAGAGAAGAAACCGCUUUCGCCUUGCAAUCCUUCACCUUGUGGACCUAAUUCCAUUUGCCAAGUCAAAAUGGGCAGACCCGUGUGCUCGUGUCAGAGUACAUUUAUUGGAAGUCCACCAUAUUGCAGGCCAGAGUGUUUGAUAAGUCAAGAAUGUCCCAUUGAUCAGGCUUGUGUUAAUCAUAAGUGCAUCCAUCCGUGUCCGGAUAGCUGUGGACCAAACUCCGACUGUACUGUCAUAAGUCAUACUCCUUAUUGCUCCUGCAAGAUUGGAUUUGAAGGUGACGCAUUCGUAGGCUGUACAAAGAUACCACUACGAGAACCAGACCCACAAGAUCCAUGUGACCCAUCGCCCUGUGGAAACAAUGCGCUUUGCACGAUUCGUGAUGGAGCUGCCAAAUGCAGCUGCAUACCACCCUACAUCGGAAAUCCAUAUGUUGGCGGUUGCAGACCUGAGUGUAUCAUCAACGCAGAUUGUUCAAGUCAUCUGGCUUGUCUGAAUCAACAUUGUAGAGAUCCUUGUCCUGGCGUAUGCGGUUCUAACGCACAGUGUGAAGUGCUCAAUCACAUCCCUGUCUGUUCUUGCUUGUCAGGAUACAGUGGUGAUCCAUUCCAGUCAUGCAAAGUUGAGAAAGCUCCUUUGCCAUCACAGAAUCCAUGCACCCCAUCACCUUGCGGUCCAUACAGCAUCUGUCGUGUUAUGAAUGAUCGUGCGGUAUGUUCUUGCAGUCCUGGAUACCAGGGUACACCACCAUCUUGUCGUCCAGAGUGUCUAGUCAGUUCAGAAUGUUCUCCACAUUUGGCUUGUAUCGGGCAGAAGUGCAGUGAUCCUUGUCCAGGAGUUUGUGGUUUGAAUGCCCAUUGUCAAGUGAGCAACCACAACCCCAUUUGCAGUUGUCCAUCAAGAUAUACUGGAGAUCCGUUUGUGCAAUGUGUCAAGGAAGAUGUGAAAGUUCCUGAACCGAAGAAUCCUUGCCUACCAUCUCAAUGUGGUCCAAACGCAGAGUGUAGAGUUCAGGAAGGUCGACCAGUAUGUGCCUGCCUCGCUGGAAUGUUUGGCGCGCCGCCUAACUGCAGACCCGAGUGUCUCAUUCACCAGGACUGUUCCAAUCAUCUUGCCUGCUUCCAGAAGAAGUGCACUGAUCCGUGCAUAGGUUCUUGUGGCUUUAACGCCAAGUGCACAGUGCAAAAUCAUCGUCCAAUGUGCCAGUGCUAUGAGGGAUAUGAAGGUGAUCCAUUCUAUGGAUGCAAUCUCAAAGUUGUCUUACCAGAGGAACCACCCAGCGAGCCCUGCAAUCCAUCUCCAUGCGGUUCGAAUGCAGUAUGCAAGGAACGUAAUGGUGCUGGAUCUUGCACUUGUUUACCUGAUUAUACAGGAGAUCCAUAUGAAGGAUGUAGACCAGAAUGUGUCCAAAAUUCGGAUUGUAUCCAUACCAAGGCGUGCAUUAACAAUAAAUGCAAAGAUCCUUGUGAUUCAGCUUGUGGACUUAACGCACAGUGUCAAGUGUUUAACCAUCAGCCAUCUUGCUCUUGUCUACCUGGUUACACUGGAAAUCCAUUGACAUCUUGUCAUAUCCCUCCAGCAGUUGGCCAUAUACCAGUAGACCCUUGCCAACCGUCUCCAUGUGGACCAUACAGUAACUGUCGUGUUAUUAAUGACCAUGCAGUGUGCACCUGUCAAUCAAAUUACAUUGGCAGUCCACCAAAUUGUAGGCCUGAGUGUGUAGUUAGUGCUGAUUGUGCACAGAACAAAGCAUGUAUCAACCAAAGAUGCAAUGAUCCAUGCCCAAGCACGUGCGGUCAGAAUGCAAAUUGUCAAGUCGUGAAUCACAAUCCAAUUUGCAGUUGUCCUUCUGGAUAUACCGGAGAUCCAUUCUUCGAAUGUUUGAAGGAAGAACUAAAAAUACCAGCUCCAGGUCCAAGUGGCAACCCAUGCAUUCCAUCUCCAUGUGGUCCCAAUUCACAAUGCCGAGUUAUCGAUGGAUUCCCAGCUUGUUCCUGUCUGCCUAACUACGUUGGUCGUGCACCCAACUGUCGACCAGAAUGUGUGACAAAUGAGGAGUGUCCUGGAAAUCUAGCAUGCCUGAAGGAACGAUGCACAGAUCCUUGUCCUGGUUCUUGUGGUGUAAAUACAUACUGUAACGUUGUGAAACACCAUCCUGUUUGUGUUUGCAAUCUAGGAUACACUGGUAAUCCAUUCACUCAGUGUACACCAAUAAUGGAAGAGCCAACGACUACUGAGCCUCCUCGUACUCCGUGCAAUCCAUCGCCAUGUGGAGCCAAUGCAGUUUGCAAUGAGCUCAACGGCGCAGGAUCCUGCAGUUGCUUGCCUGAAUACUUCGGCGAUCCUUACACAGGCUGCAGGCCAGAAUGUGUGACGAACGCAGAUUGUGAUCGUAGCAAAGCUUGCGUGGGCAAUAAGUGCAAGAAUCCAUGUUCUAGAGCAUGUGGACAGAAUGCAGUUUGUCGUGUUAUGAAUCAUGCUCCAUCUUGUUCUUGCUUAGCAGGCUAUACAGGAGAUCCUUUAACGUUUUGUGGAGUAAUCGAAGCGGUUACUACCGAGCCUAUAACAGAUCCUUGCGAACCUUCACCCUGUGGACUGAACAGCAAUUGCCGUACUCUGAAUGGCCAUGCUGUGUGUUCUUGCCAGACUGGUUUUAUCGGUACUCCACCAUCCUGUAGACCAGAGUGCACUGUUUCGUCAGAAUGUCCGCAGAACAAGUUCUGCGUCAAAUAUAAAUGUGCCGAUCCGUGUAUAGGAACUUGUGGUGAAAAUACCAAAUGCGUUGUUGUAAAUCACAAUCCAAUCUGCAGCUGCAGUAUUAGUUACACUGGAGAUCCUUUCUCACGGUGUGUUAAAAUCGAAAUGCCACGACCACCUCCAAAAGACGUUGGAAAUCCUUGCGUGCCAAAUCCAUGCGGACCAAAUUCUCAGUGCAAAGUUAUCGGCUCACAACCUGCGUGUUCAUGCUCAUUGAACUACAUUGGCAGACCUCCAAAUUGCAGACCUGAAUGUACUGAUAACUCGGAAUGUCCUACCACUGCUGCUUGUAUUAAUCAACGUUGCAAGAAUCCUUGCCCCGGUGCUUGUGGUGAGCUUGCUCGAUGUGCCGUGCAGAAUCAUGCGCCUGUAUGCACCUGUCCUGAAGGAUAUAUUGGAGAUGCAUCUGUUAGUUGUACAUUGGCACCUCCUCCACCCAGAGAACCAGAACCAUCGAAUCCUUGUUUGCCGAAUCCGUGUGGACCCAAUGCUCAAUGUCGUGAAAGAAAUGGUGCUGGUGCUUGCGCCUGUCCAUCUGAUUUCAUUGGAGAUCCUUAUGACAAACAAAAGGGUUGUCACAGGGAAUGCGAAUCAAGCAAUGAUUGUGCUGAGCAUUUGGCUUGUGUUGGAUUUAAGUGCAUUGAUCCCUGUCCAUCAACUUGUGGUACUUUGGCCAUCUGCAGUGUUAAGGCACAUGUGCCUGUCUGCAACUGUCCACCAAGUUAUGUUGGAGAUCCUUACUUUGCUUGUAACAUUGAGGAGACUAAAGACAUACCACCAGCCAGAGAUCCUUGUUCACCAUCACCGUGUGGACCUAACAGCAAGUGUCGUACUGUUAAUGGACAAGCUGUAUGCACUUGUCAACCAGAGUACAUUGGUGUUCCGCCAUCUUGCAGACCAGAAUGCAUUGUCAAUGCUGAAUGUCCAGUCCAUCUCGCCUGUAUCAAUAAGAAGUGUGCUGAUCCUUGUCCAAACACUUGUGGCUUGAGAGCACAAUGUACUACCAAGAAUCACAAUCCAAUUUGCACCUGCCCAGCUGGUUUUACAGGAGAUCCAUUCACUCAGUGUUCUCCUCGUGUAAUUGCUGAUAUCCCAACAACACAAAGACCACCGUCAUGCACACCAUCUCCCUGUGGUCCAAACUCUCAGUGUCAAAUUAUAUCAGGAAAUCCUGCAUGUUCUUGUCUUCCAAACUUCGUCGGUCUUCCUCCAGAAUGUCGACCAGAGUGCAGCAUAAGUGCUGAAUGUAAGAGUCAUCUUGCUUGCGUAAAUCAGAGGUGCCAGGAUCCUUGCACCGGUUCUUGUGGUAUCAAUGCACAGUGCCAUGUCCUGAAUCACAUUCCGGUGUGUACUUGCAUCGAGAGAUACACUGGUGAUCCAUUCACACAGUGCACGAUAAUUCCACCGACUACUGAACCUUCGAUUCAUAGCGACCCUUGCAAUCCAUCGCCUUGUGGACCCAAUGCAAUAUGCAGAAAUGGUGAUUGCGAAUGUUUACCAGAGUAUACUGGAAAUCCAUUUGAAGCCUGUCGACCUGAAUGCAUCCUGAACUCAGAAUGUCCCCGUGACAAGUCUUGUCUGCGUAACAAGUGCAAAGAUCCCUGUCCUGGUGUCUGCGGCCAGAAUGCUCAAUGCGACGUGGUCAAUCACAUUCCUGUUUGCUCCUGUCCAACUGGAUACGUUGGCGAUCCUUUCGUUAACUGCAGAGUACAACCACAAGCUCUGCCAGAAGAUAAACGAGAUCCUUGCACCCCAUCCGUUUGUGGACCAAACAGUCAAUGCAGGAAUAUCGAUAACCAUGCUGUAUGCUCUUGUCUGCAAGGAUAUCUUGGUGCGCCACCUUCCUGCAGACCAGAGUGUAUCGUAAGCUCUGAAUGCUCACCCACUAGGGCUUGUGUUAACAAGAAAUGCACUGAUCCAUGUCUGGGUUCUUGUGGAUUGAAUGCACGUUGUGAAGUCAUCAAUCAUUCUCCAAUUUGCAGCUGCUUGCCUGGACAGACUGGUGAUCCAUUUAGGAGCUGUUAUGAUAUUCCAAUUGUGCCCGAACCGAAAUUGCCUGAAGAUCCUUGCAAUCCUUCGCCUUGUGGUCCAAAUGCACAAUGUCAAAAUGUUAAUGGCCAACCAUCAUGUUCAUGCUUGCCGUCUUACAUUGGAACGCCACCUUCCUGCAGACCCGAAUGUGUUAUAAAUCCUGAUUGUCCUUCAAACAAGGCGUGCAUAAAUUCAAAAUGCAAAGAUCCUUGUCCCGGUUCUUGUGGAAGCAAUGCUGAGUGCAGAGUAAUCAAUCAUGCUGUGACAUGUACUUGUUUCACUGGAUACACCGGUAAUCCGUUUGUGCAAUGUGUUAUCAAACAAGAUGAAGUUAUCAAUCCAUGCGAACCAUCGCCUUGUGGUGCCAAUGCAGUUUGCCAGCAACGUGACAAUGCAGGUGCAUGCAGCUGCAUCGAGGACUACCAUGGCAAUCCAUACGAAGGCUGUCAACCUGAAUGCAUCCUUAGUUCAGACUGUCCAACGAACAAGGCUUGUGUUCGAAACAAAUGCGAGGAUCCAUGUCCUGGUGUCUGUGGUACACAAGCUCAGUGUUCUGUCGUUAAUCACAUUCCAACUUGCAUUUGCUUCCCUGGAUACAUUGGCGAUCCUUUCACGUUCUGUACACUUCAGCCAGAACCAACUACCGAAGCAACGGUCAUUGAUCCUUGUAGACCAUCUCCAUGUGGACCCAACAGUAUCUGUCGUGCAAUCAAUGAUCAGGCUGUGUGCACUUGCCAAGAAUCAUACAUAGGUUCACCUCCAAAUUGUAGACCAGAGUGCGUUGUACAUUCCGAAUGUCCACAAAAUCGUGCCUGCUACAAGUACAAGUGCAAUGAUCCUUGUCCUGGUACUUGUGGAGUCGAAGCCAGAUGCCAAGUGAUCAAUCACAAUCCUCUGUGCAGUUGUCCUGCAGGAAUGACAGGAGAUCCUUUCUCAAGAUGUUAUCCUCAACCAAUCGAACCACCAAUCGUUGAAAUGACACCAAGAGAUCCUUGUGCAUACAGUCCAUGCGGACUUUACGCUGAAUGCAGAAAUGUCGGUGACCAAGCAGCUUGUUCCUGUCUCAAGAAUUAUAUUGGCUCUCCACCAAAUUGUCGACCUGAAUGCGUUGUGAAUACGGAUUGUCCUUCGAAUCAAGCUUGCAUCUCAGAGAAAUGCAGAGAUCCUUGCGUUGGAUCGUGCGGGCAAAAUGCGGAUUGCCGUGUUCAGAAUCACAUACCGACUUGUCUCUGUCAACAGGGAUUUACUGGCGAUCCAUUUACACUUUGCUCACUGAUCAUUGAACAACCAAAGGUUCCUCAGGAUCCUUGCAAUCCAUCACCGUGCGGACCCAAUGCAAUAUGUAACGAAGGCAGCUGUACCUGCCUUCCUGAUUACUUUGGUGAUCCUUACUCCUAUUGUCGGCCGGAAUGUACCAUGAAUUCCGAUUGCAGUCGAGUGAAAGCUUGCAUCAACCAACACUGCAUAGAUCCUUGUCCAGGAACUUGCGGCACUGCAGCUCGUUGCGAUGUUGUCAAUCAUAUUCCAAUGUGCAGUUGUCCACCUGGUACGACUGGAGAUCCAUUCUCGUUCUGUCGACCAUUCAAGCAAGAAGAUACUCCUAAGCAACCAUGCACGCCAUCUCCUUGUGGGCCAAACAGCAUCUGCAAGGUCAUCAAUAACCACGCAGUAUGUUCCUGCCAGUUGAACUUCAUUGGUAGUCCACCAUCUUGCCGACCGGAGUGCAUCGUCAGUGCAGAAUGUCCAUUGACGCAAGCUUGUCUAGCAAACAAGUGUCAAGACCCGUGUCCUGGAACCUGCGGACAGAAUGCCAGGUGUCAGGUUGUGAAUCACAAUCCUAUUUGCAGCUGCUCCGAAGGGAACACAGGCGAUCCGUUCACCAGGUGUUACCCAAUACCAGUGGAGACACCCAAAGUGCCUACCAAUCCUUGCUUGCCAUCGCCCUGCGGACCAAAUUCAGAGUGUCACGUACGCGGCGAAAGUCCUGCAUGUUCCUGCUCGCCAAAUUACAUCGGUAUACCACCAAACUGCAGACCAGAAUGCACUAUCAAUCCCGAAUGUGCACCGCAGUUCGCCUGCAUUCAACAAAAGUGUCGUGAUCCUUGUGUCGGUCUUUGCGGUCUGAAUGCACGUUGCUCCGUCAUCAAUCAUCACGCCGUCUGCAGCUGCAUAGAAGGUUACACCGGUGAUCCGUUCAGCAGUUGCCAGCCUGCCGUUAAGGACGAACCGAUCCCCGAUGACAAACGCAAUCCUUGCGUACCGACUCCCUGCGGCUCGAACGCCGUGUGCAAAGAAUUGAAUGGUGCAGGAUCCUGCACUUGUGUCCCUGACUACAUUGGAAAUCCUUACGAAGGAUGCAGACCCGAGUGUGUUAUAAACUCCGACUGUCCAUCUUAUCAGUCUUGCAUUCAACUCAAAUGUAGGGAUCCUUGUCCUGGUGCAUGUGGCCAAAAUGCAGAAUGCACUGCAAUAAAUCAUUUGCCAUCUUGCAACUGUCGUGUUGGAUACACUGGUGAUCCUUUUGCCUUCUGUGUUCUCCCACCGGAGCCCACUGUCGAGGAAAAGAAAGAUCUUUGUAACCCAUCACCCUGCGGACCCAAUAGUCAGUGCAGAGAAGUUAAUGGACAGGCUGUGUGCUCUUGUCUACCCACGUACAUCGGUAGCCCGCCAGGAUGUAGACCCGAGUGUGUCGUCAGUGCAGAAUGCUCUGCCAACUUGGCAUGUGUCAAUCAGAAAUGCGUGGACCCUUGUCCCAAUCCUUGCGGACUCAAUACAAACUGCGUUGUCGUUAAUCACAGCCCUAUUUGCACUUGCCAACCUGGAUACAGCGGAGAUCCGUUCACUAGAUGCACGCCCAUACCACCACCAGAAAUAGGUAUUGUAUUCGAGAGAGAUCCAUGUAUGCCAUCUCCCUGCGGAAGCUUCUCACAGUGCCGUAACAUCGCCGGUACACCAGCCUGCACCUGUCUAGAAAGUUACAUAGGUCAACCACCCAACUGCAGACCCGAGUGCACUAUCAAUUCCGAGUGUCCAAGCAACAAGGCUUGCAUCAAUGAGAAAUGUCGGGAUCCAUGUCUCGGUUCUUGUGGCGCUGCAGCCAGAUGCGCUGUGGUAAACCACAUCCCGAUGUGUACUUGCCCUGAAGGAUAUACUGGCGAUCCAUUUAGCAGUUGCAACUUACUGCCACCAAAUUCGUUCGUACCUACUCCAGUAGACAAAUGCAAUCCUUCUCCAUGCGGACCGAAUGCAGAAUGCAACGAUGGUGUAUGCACCUGUUUACCGGAAUAUCAAGGCAAUCCCUAUUCCAGCUGCCGUCCCGAAUGCGUACUCAAUGAUGAUUGCCCACGGGAUAAGGCUUGUUUCCGUAACAAAUGCAAAGACCCAUGUCCUGGUGCCUGUGCCGUUAAUGCACUUUGCACGGUCAUCAACCACGUACCUAUGUGCAGUUGCCCAGGGAAUAUGACUGGCAAUGCAUUCAGUUUCUGUUCUCCUGUUCACGCUCCUAUACCAAUCAAUCAAUGUAGCCCAUCGCCUUGUGGACCAAACAGUGAAUGUCGCGCGGUAAAUGGCCACAGUGUAUGCACCUGUAUUAGAGGAUAUAUCGGCAGUCCGCCCAGCUGUAGACCCGAGUGUAUCGUAAGCACGGACUGUGCAUUGAACGAAGCUUGCAGCAACCAAAAGUGUAGAGAUCCUUGCCCUGGAACCUGUGGACUUAAAGCGAAGUGUGACGUUGUGAAUCACAAUCCAAUCUGCAGCUGUCCAAUUCGAUUCACCGGUGAUCCCUUCAUUCGAUGCGUGCCAAUACCCGAUGAGGUCGUUGCACCUGUAGAUCCUUGUCAGCCAUCCCCCUGCGGUCCAAAUGCACAGUGCCAGGUUGUCGGUGAUUCACCUUCGUGCUCUUGCCUUCCUGAAUUCACUGGUGCUCCACCAAACUGUAGACCAGAGUGUGUCAGUAACAGUGAAUGUUUCAAUAACUUAGCCUGUAUCAAUCAAAAGUGCAAGGAUCCUUGUCCAGGGUCAUGCGGAGCCAAUGCUGAAUGUAGAGUCGUUAGUCACACUGCAAUGUGUAUCUGCGCGAGUGGAUACACAGGUGAUCCUUUCACGCAGUGUAGUGUGAUCGAGAUACAACCAUCUAUUCCUGAGAGACCCUGUGUACCAUCACCAUGUGGUUCCAACGCUGUGUGCAAGGAACUUAACGGUGCUGGAUCAUGUACUUGUCUGCCGGAUUAUAUUGGCAAUCCUUACGAGGGAUGCAGACCAGAAUGCGUGAUCAAUUCUGAUUGUCCAGCUAGUCAAUCGUGCAUAAAUACCAAGUGCAAAGAUCCGUGUCCAGGAACUUGUGGUCUAAACGCAGAAUGUCAAGUUAUUAAUCAUCUACCAAUGUGUACUUGUUAUCCCAGAUACUCCGGUGAUCCAUUUAGAUAUUGCAGCCCGAUAUACGAAGACACUGUGCCACCUGUAACCGACCCGUGCAGUCCAUCCCCUUGCGGACCCAACAGUCAAUGUAGAGUUGUCAAUGGGCAAUCUGUAUGUUCUUGCUUACCUGAAUACAUUGGUAGCCCACCAGGAUGUCGACCAGAGUGUACAGGAAGUUCGGAAUGUGCAUCAAACCGAGCUUGUGUGAACAGAAAGUGUGUUGAUCCUUGUCCAGGAACUUGCGGUUCGAAUUCGAGAUGCGAUACUAUCAAUCAUAGCCCUAUUUGCGUUUGCCAACCUGGUUACACUGGUGAUCCCUUCGUUAAUUGUUUCAAGAUACCUGUUCAAGAACCUGUACCUCAUCCACCAUAUGUUAAUCCGUGCGUACCGUCACCCUGUGGACCAAAUUCAGAAUGUAGGGAUGUCAAUGGCCAGGCUUCUUGUGCCUGUUUGUCAACUUUCAUUGGAUCACCACCAAAUUGCAGACCAGAGUGUACAAUCAAUCCAGAUUGCUCUAGUAACUUAGCUUGUCUCCAGUCCAAGUGCAGAGACCCUUGUCCAGGAUCAUGUGGUUUAGGAGCACAGUGUACUGUGGUAAACCAUACACCCAUGUGCAUUUGUCCAGAUGGGUUCACUGGAGAUCCAUUCACCAGAUGUACUGUAAAAGAAAUACUACAAGAGCCAUCAUUGGUUGAUCCUUGUGCAAAUUGUGGCUCAAACACACAAUGUCUUAACGGAAUAUGCACUUGCUUACCAGAAUAUCAAGGUGAUCCAUACGUAGGUUGUCGACCAGAGUGCGUUCUCAAUCCUGAUUGUCCUAGAGACAAAGCUUGCAUCAGAAACAAAUGCAAGGAUCCUUGUAUUGGUACUUGCAGUCAGAAUGCAAUUUGCAGUGUGGUAAAUCAUGUUCCGAUUUGUACCUGUCCAUCCGGUACGAUUGGUAACGCAUUUUUAGCUUGCUCCCCGAUAGAAGUACCUCCACCACGAGACCCGUGCAAUCCAUCACCAUGUGGCUCGAACAGUCAGUGCCGUAAGAUAAAUGGACAAGCAGUGUGCUCUUGCAUACUAGGAUAUUUAGGUGCCCCACCAAAUUGUAGACCAGAGUGUACUAUCAGCUCUGACUGUGCACUGAAUAUGGCCUGCAGUAACCAAAAAUGCAUAGACCCAUGUCCAGGAACUUGUGGUAUAAGAGCGCAGUGCAAUGUAGUUAAUCACAAUCCAAUCUGCAGCUGUCCAUUUGAUUUAACUGGUGAUCCAUUCCUUUUGUGUCGACCAAUUGAAAAACUACCGGAUAUUCCUUCGAACCCAUGUCAACCAUCACCUUGUGGUCCCAAUGCUCAAUGCCAGGUUGUAAAUGAUUCACCUUCCUGUUCUUGUCUACCUGAAUUUAUCGGACAGCCACCAAAUUGUAGACCAGAGUGUGUUAGCAAUAGUGAGUGCUCAACGAACCUCGCCUGCAUCAAUCAAAAGUGCAGGGACCCUUGUCCAGGUUCUUGUGGCAUAAAUGCAGACUGUAGAGUAAUCAGUCACACGCCAAUGUGCGUCUGCUCAUUAGGUUUUAUCGGGGAUCCAUUUACUCAGUGUGUUAUCAAGCAGAUGGAGCCAGUUUCCGUUGACAAACCAACGCCAUGCAUACCAUCUCCUUGCGGUUCUAAUGCCGUUUGUAGAGAAUCUAAUGGUGCAGGAUCUUGUACCUGUUUGCCUGAUUACAUUGGAAAUCCGUAUGAGGGUUGUCGACCUGAAUGUAUCAUUAACUCGGACUGUACUUCGGAUAAGGCUUGUAUAAAAUCCAAAUGUCAGAAUCCAUGUCCAGGAACUUGUGGUCAGAAUGCUGUCUGUCAAGUUAUCAAUCAUUUGCCAUCCUGCACUUGUCAACCGGGUUACACCGGUGAUCCGUUCAGAUACUGCAACUUGAUAGAACGAAUUCCCGAAUCACCAGUCGUUGAUGUUUGCAAUCCUUCUCAAUGUGGACCCAAUAGCCAAUGUCGAGAAUCUAAUGGUGUAGCAGUGUGUACUUGUUUACCAACAUAUAUUGGCAGACCGCCGUCUUGCAGACCAGAAUGUACCGUUAGUUCAGAAUGUCCCAGUAAUCGCGCUUGCGUUAAUCAGAAAUGCGUGGACCCGUGUCCAGGUAUUUGUGGCGUCAAUGCCAAGUGUGAGGUCAUCAAUCACAGUCCCAUUUGCAGCUGCAAUUCGGGAUUGACUGGUGAUCCAUUUGUGAGAUGCUUUGACAUUCCUCGUCCACCAGAACCUCGGCCAGAAUCUGAUCCUUGCGUACCAUCUCCAUGCGGUCCAUUCGCCAUAUGUAGAAAUGUUGGUGGAUUACCAUCAUGCUCUUGUACCAAUGACUAUAUUGGUUCUCCGCCUAAUUGCCGUCCGGAAUGUACAAUCAAUUCUGAGUGUGUGAGCAAUAAGGCUUGUUUGAAUCAAAAGUGCAAGGAUCCUUGUCCAGGAUCUUGUGGCAUAGGAGCACAAUGUUCUGUUGUUAACCAUACACCAAUAUGCACAUGUCCUGAAGGAUAUACCGGUGAUCCAUUCAGUAGUUGUUCACCUAAACCACCAUCUCCGGUAGUACAAAUUCCUCAAGAUCCAUGCAAUCCUUCACCGUGUGGUGCAAAUGCAAUAUGUCGCGAUGGUACUUGCACCUGCAUACCAGAAUAUCAUGGAGAUCCUUAUUAUGGUUGUCGGCCGGAAUGCGUUCAAAAUCCGGACUGUCCCUUCAAUAAGGCUUGUAUUCGUAACAAGUGCGCUGAUCCAUGUCCAGGAGUCUGCGGACAGAAUGCAGAAUGCACAGUUAUCAAUCACGUACCCAUGUGCAGUUGUCCCAGUGGAAUGGCAGGAAAUGCAUUUGCUAUCUGUUUACCAGUCGAAAAAGUGGACGAUGUUGAUCCUUGCAAUCCAUCACCAUGUGGUCCUAACAGUCGUUGCCAAGCAAUUAAUGGUCAAGUAGUAUGCACGUGCGUUCCUGGAUUCAUUGGAAAUCCACCAGGAUGUCGACCAGAGUGUAUAGUCAAUUCGGAAUGUGCAUUGAAUGAGGCUUGCAUUAAUCAAAAGUGCAGAGAUCCUUGUCCAGGCACAUGUGGUCUUUCAGCCUAUUGCCAAGUUCUCAAUCACAAUCCAAUAUGCAGCUGUCCACCAAUCUUUACUGGUGACCCAUUCAUACGAUGCACACCAAUUCCUGAAACACCUAGACCGCCUCCUACGAACCCUUGUCAGCCAUCACCAUGUGGCCCCAAUGCACAAUGUCAAGUCGUGAAUGAUGCUCCGUCUUGCUCUUGCUUAUCAGAAUAUAUUGGUUCUCCACCUAACUGCAGACCAGAGUGCAUCACGAGUAGCGAGUGCAGUAGCCAUUUGGCUUGCAUAAACCAGAAAUGUAAAGAUCCUUGUCCUGGCUCAUGCGGUGCCAAUGCUGAAUGCCGUGUCAUUAGCCAUACUCCUAUGUGCAUCUGCGCUACCGGAUAUGAAGGCGAUCCAUUCGUUCAAUGCACCGUUAAACAACCCGUAGCAGACGUUCCUCGGCAACCUUGCGUACCUUCCCCUUGCGGUGCAAAUGCAGUAUGCAGAGAACAGAAUGGUGCAGGUUCUUGCAUUUGUUUGCCAGAAUAUAUUGGCAAUCCUUAUGAAGGAUGCAGACCCGAAUGUAUCAUCAAUACAGAUUGUCCUGCGAACUUGGCAUGUAUAAGAUCUAAAUGUCAAAAUCCUUGUCCUGGAACGUGUGGAAGAAAUGCUGAAUGUCAAGUAGUAUCGCACCUGCCAAUGUGCACUUGCCUACAUGGAUACACAGGAGAUCCAUUUACUUAUUGUAAUCAAAUUCCUCAGCAAAUUGAACCAACUGUAUUUGAUCCUUGCAAUCCAUCACCCUGUGGACCCAAUAGCCAAUGCCGUGACAAUAAUGGAUAUGCUUCGUGUUCGUGUCUACCAGAAUAUGUUGGAACUGCACCAAAUUGUAGACCAGAGUGUGUCGUCAGUUCAGAAUGUAGUGCCAAUCUUGCCUGUAUCAAUAUGAAGUGUAAAGAUCCCUGUCCGGGAACCUGUGGUCACAAUGCAGUUUGCAAAGUAAUCAAUCACAGUCCAAUGUGCAGUUGCGUAAACGAACAAACAGGAGAUCCAUUCAGUUAUUGUUACGAUAUACCUCCACCUGUACCAGAGAAGGAAUAUCCCAAGGAUCCAUGCAAUCCUUCACCCUGCGGUCCAAAUGCUAUUUGCAGAGCAAUUGGUGACACUUAUUCGUGCAGUUGCAUAAACAAUUAUAUCGGAGUACCACCCAAUUGCCGACCUGAGUGUUCUAUUAAUUCUGACUGUACAAGCAACAAGGCUUGCAUAAGAGAAAAAUGCAGAGACCCUUGUCCAGGAUCCUGCGGUUUUGGAGCACUGUGUACCGUUGUUAACCAUACACCUGUUUGCAUAUGUCCUGAAGGAUACACUGGUGAUCCAUUCAGUAACUGCAGUCCUAAACCAUCACCUCCAUUGGAACUACCAACAGACCCAUGCAAUCCAUCGCCAUGUGGUGCAAAUGCACAAUGCAGUGCAGGAACUUGUACAUGUCUGCCUGAAUAUUUCGGUAAUCCUUAUUCAGGCUGUCGCCCGGAGUGUGUUGUAAAUACAGAUUGUCCCAGAGACAAAGCAUGUAUUCGCAACAAGUGCAAAGACCCUUGUCCCGGUGCAUGUGGUACUAAUGCAGAGUGCAAUGUGAUCAAUCACUUGCCUAUGUGCAGUUGUCCCAGGAACAUGUCUGGAAAUGCAUUCGUGCUAUGCUCUCCAGUUCCAGCCCCAACAGUCAGCGACCCAUGCAACCCAUCUCCAUGCGGACCUAAUAGUUUGUGCAGAGCAAUUAACGGUCAAGCUACUUGCACAUGCAUUCCAGGCUAUACCGGAGCACCACCUUCCUGUAGACCAGAAUGUGUCGUGAGCUCAGACUGUGCUCGUAACAGAGCUUGUAAUAAUCAGAAAUGCAUCGACCCAUGUCCAGGAACUUGUGGCCUGUUCGCACAGUGCUCAGUGGUCAAUCACAACCCAAUUUGUAGUUGCCCAUCGCAGUACACUGGAGAUCCAUUCGUUCGUUGUGAAGAAAUAAGGAGAGAGCCAGAACCACCAAUAAAUCCAUGCCAACCAUCACCAUGUGGCCCCAAUGCACAGUGUCAAGUAGUUAAUGAUUCUCCAUCUUGCUCUUGUCUCGCUGAAUUUAUUGGAUCACCACCGAACUGUAGACCUGAGUGCAGUAGUAACAGCGAAUGUUCUAGUAACUUGGCUUGUAUCAAUAAGAAAUGCCAGGAUCCUUGUCCUGGUUCUUGUGGUAUCAAUGCUGAGUGUAGAGUAAUCAGCCAUACUCCAAUGUGCUUAUGUGUUCAGGGUUACACAGGAAAUCCAUUUAUACAGUGUACCGUGCAAAAGGUCGAAGCCAUCCCUCCUGAGAAGAUCAAUCCGUGUCAACCAUCUCCUUGCGGUGCUAAUGCAAUUUGUCGCGAGUCUUACGGUGCAGGUUCUUGCACUUGUCUACCUGAUUUCUAUGGAAAUCCUUACGAAGGUUGUCGACCUGAGUGUGUCAUUAACACGGACUGUACAUCAGACCGUGCUUGUAUUCGAACCAAGUGUCAGAACCCUUGUCCGGGAACCUGCGGACAGAACGCAGUUUGUCAAGUUAUCAAUCAUUCACCAUCUUGCACUUGUCAACCUGGUUACACUGGUGAUCCAUUCCGUUACUGUGACAUCAUACGUCAAAUACCUGAACCUGUCGAACAUGAUCCUUGCAAUCCUUCACCUUGUGGACCGAAUAGUCAAUGUAGAAAUGUCAAUGACCAAGCCAGCUGCUCUUGCCUGCCAACUUAUCUCGGCAGUCCUCCAGGAUGUAGACCAGAAUGCGUUGUCAGUUCAGAAUGUCCUACAAACCGUGCUUGCGUCAAUCAGAAAUGCGUGGACCCAUGUCCUGGUAUCUGUGGCAUUAAUGCCAGAUGCGAGACUAUAUACCACAGUCCUAUCUGCAGCUGCAAAGCAGGAUUGACUGGCGAUCCAUUCGUAAAAUGUUUCGAAAUACCUCCACCACCACAAGGAUCUGAACUUACCAAUCCUUGUAUAACUGCACACUGCGGACCAUUUGCCACCUGCCGAAAUAUUGGCGAUUUAGCUAUGUGUUCUUGCCUACCAACUUACAUUGGUUCACCACCAUACUGCCGACCUGAGUGUACUAUAAACUCAGAAUGUCCCAGCAACAAGGCUUGCAUAAGAGAAAAGUGUAAAGAUCCAUGCCCUGGUUCUUGUGGACUGAGAGCACAGUGUACUGUGGUUUAUCAUACACCAAUGUGUACCUGCCCAGCAGGUUACACAGGAGAUCCUUUCAGCGGUUGCUAUCCCACGCCAUUACCACCGCCGCCGCCACAACAAACACCAGUUAUUCGAGAUCCAUGCAAUCCUUCACCAUGUGGAGCUAAUGCUCGUUGUGAUAAUGGCAUCUGCACUUGUCUCCCUGAAUACCAUGGCGAUCCAUAUCAUGCAUGCCGACCGGAAUGCAUUCAGAAUUCUGAUUGUGCCCUUAACAAAGCUUGUUCUUAUAACAAGUGCAUUGACCCAUGCCCUGGAGUCUGUGGUCGCAAUGCAGAAUGCAGUGUUGUGAAUCACAUACCAAUGUGCAGUUGCAUAGCCAAACAUGAAGGAGAUCCAUUUACACUGUGCAAUCCUAUCAAGACGGUAGAAGUUAUAGACCCCUGCAAUCCUUCGCCAUGCGGACCAAAUAGCAUUUGCCGACAAUAUGGAAGUCAAGCGUCCUGUUCUUGCAUCCCUGGCUACAUUGGAAUUCCACCAAGUUGUAGACCGGAAUGCGUUGUCAGUACAGAUUGCGAACAGACUAGAGCUUGCAUCAAUCAGAAAUGUCAGAAUCCAUGUACUGGCCAAUGUGGACUGAAUGCAUACUGCACCGUUCGCAAUCACAAUCCAAUUUGUAGCUGUCCCCCACGUUAUUCUGGAGAUCCAUUCGUCAAUUGUUUCAUAAUGCAAAAAGUGGAUGAAGUAACAGUAAGGGAUCCCUGUAACCCUUCGCCAUGUGGCCUCAAUGCCCGCUGUACACCUUCUGCUGGAAACACACCCUCUUGCUCUUGCCUACCCACGUUCUUAGGCAAUCCACCUAAUUGUAGACCCGAGUGCAUUCAAAAUAGCGAGUGUCCUACCCACCAGGCUUGUAUCAGACAAAAGUGCAGUGAUCCUUGCGUUGGGUCCUGUGGUGCUAAUGCACUCUGCCACGUCAGCUCGCAUCAACCUAGAUGCACUUGUCCAGAGGGAUACACAGGAAACCCGUUCACAGUUUGUUCUGUGCUACAGCAACCACAUACACCUCCGGCCCAAGCAAGACCAUGCGAUUUAUCACCAUGCGGAGCCAAUGCACACUGCCGGGAACGUUACGGCACUGCAAUUUGCGAAUGUCUUCCUGACUACAGAGGCGAUCCUUACCAAGGUUGUCAUCCAGAAUGUCUGGUGAACAGCGAUUGCCCCAAGACACGAGCAUGCAUAAGAACCAAGUGCGAGGAUCCUUGUCCAGGUACCUGUGGUAUCGGUGCAAUCUGCACAGUUUCUAACCACGUUCCAGUAUGUUCCUGUCCUUACCCAACCGUCGGAGAUGCUUUCACACUUUGCCGACCAGUAUACGAAGCACCAAAAGAGACCAAUCCGUGUAUCCCAUCACCUUGUGGACCUAACACAUAUUGCGAAAACGUUGGAGGAAGUGCAGUCUGCAAAUGCUUACCAGAACUACAAGGAAUUCCUAGCAGUGUGGCAGGAUGCCAUCCUGAAUGUGUCCUUAGUUCGGAUUGUCCUAGCGACAAGGCUUGUAUCAACAACAAGUGCACUGAUCCUUGUCUGAGAAAUGUCUGUGGAGUUGGUGCAAUUUGCAAGCCAAUCAAUCACAGUCCACUCUGCAGCUGCUCUGCUCCAUUAAUAGGAAAUCCAUUUGUUGAAUGCUUCUUGAAAGAAGAACCGGAUCCUUGCAAUCCAUCACCGUGCAGUUCGAAUGGCGAGUGCAGAGUCAGAAAUGGCGCAGCUGUAUGUAUCUAUCCAGAAUGCGUUAUCAACGAUGACUGCCCACGCGAUAGAGCUUGCUUCUCACAGAAAUGUAGAGAUCCUUGCAUUGGAGCCUGCGGUGUCAAUUCUCUCUGUCAAACUGUCAAUCAUAAGCCUGUCUGCUCGUGUCCCAGAGGAUACGUUGGAAAUGCUCAAGUGCAGUGCACAAUUCCUUUCGCGGUACCAGACCCACCAAAACCAGAAUGCAUUCAAAAUUCGGAUUGCACAAACGAUAAGGCUUGUUUCGAACAAAGAUGUGUGAACCCAUGCAGUCUCAAUUCCUGCGGAUUGAACAGUCAGUGCCACGUGCAACUACAUCGUGCAGUUUGUGUAUGCAAUGACGGCUACACUGGCAAUCCUCAACAAUAUUGUCGUGAGAUCGGAUGUCGCAGCGAUAAUGAAUGUGCAUCGAGUCAAUCCUGCAUAAACAAAGAAUGCGUCGAUACCUGUUUGAUAACACAAUGUGGAAUAAAUGCACAAUGCCGCUCUGACGGAUACCAUCGUUCUACUUGCUAUUGUCCUACUGGUUAUCUUGGAAAUCCAUAUCAAAUAUGUGAAAGGCCAGAAUGUACAAAGGACAAUGAUUGUUCAACCUUCUUGGCUUGUCGAGACCUGAGAUGUGUUGAUCCUUGCAACUGUCCACCAUCCGCGCAAUGUACUGUUAUCAAUCAUCGACCAACUUGCAGAUGUCCACCUGGGUAUUUGGGUGAUCCUUAUACAUCAUGCACCAUGGAACCAAUCGAAGAAAUUCCUGAAUGUAGAAUGGAUGGUGACUGUCCAAGUAAGCUUGCUUGCUUCAGUGGCACAUGCAAGAACCCAUGCAGUCAAUCACAACCUUGUGGUACCAAUGCACAAUGCACUGUAGUAGAUACAUUGCCAAUGAGGACAAUGGUUUGCGAAUGUUUACCCAACUUUAUUGGCGAUGCCAACGUUGUUUGCAAACCAUUGGAUAAGACUGUGGAGCCUGGCUGUAGAUCUGAUAAUGAAUGUGAUCUAAGUAUGGCUUGCUUGAACCGAAUUUGCGUGAACCCAUGCACUAUCAAUUCCUGUGCAAGAACAGCCGAAUGCCAUGUAGAAAAUCAUCGUCAUAUUUGCCAGUGUUCUGCAGGAUUAGUUGGGGAUCCAUACCUUAAUUGCUAUAUAGAAACCACGGUUCUUCCUGAAUGCCAGUCAGACUCUGAAUGUUCAUCGAAUGAGGCAUGCAUAAAUCAAUUAUGCCAAAAUCCAUGCUUAAGUAAUCGUUGCGGAUCCAAUGCUGAAUGUACCACAGUAAAUCACCAUCCAACCUGUCAUUGUCAGCAAGGUUACGCUGGAGAUCCACAAGUGCAAUGCUUCAAACCCGAAUGUAAAUCAGACAGUGAUUGUCCCUACGAGAAAGCCUGCAGAAACAGCUACUGCAUCGCUCCUUGCCAGAUCAAUGAGAUUGUCUGUGGUCGUGGUGCAGAAUGCACUGUAACUGCACACAAAGCUCAGUGCACAUGUCCAGCAGGUACACAGGGCGAUCCAAGAAUCGCUUGCAUAUCUGCAAUUUGUCACUACAACGAAGACUGUGCCGACCAUGAAGCUUGUGACAGACUCAAUAGAGUCUGUAGACCUGUUUGCGACGAUGAUACUUGUGCAGAGACUGCAACUUGUUUGGCAAGGGAUCAUCAACCGAAAUGCAUAUGUGGACCUGGUACCACUGGAAAUCCAUACAUUGAAUGCAUUGGUCCUGGACCUACCGAACCCACAGUUCAUGAACCUGAGUGUAGAGCAGACAGCGAAUGUCCUGCAGCCCUGGCAUGUAUAAAUACAAAAUGUCAAGAUCCUUGUGCAUCUUCCAACAUGUGUACCAGCGAACAAGAAUGCAGAGUAUUAGAUACAAUACCUCUGCGUACAAUGAUCUGUCAGUGCCCACCAAACACCAUAACUGAUUUCAAUGGCAACUGCAAGAAGAUCGUGGUAGAUGAUGUCCAGUGUCGAAUAGAUGAUGAUUGUACCGACCAUGAGAAAUGCUCAAGCGGCAGAUGCAUUGAAGCUUGUCUAACUUCCCGAUGUGGAAUCAAUGCUCAAUGCAGAUCCAGUUUCCACAGUGGUACAUGUUUCUGUGCUGCAGGAUAUGUAGGCAAUCCUUACGUUGAAUGCUCUCCAGAACCCAAGACUCCGCUUCCACCAAGUCAACCAGAAUGUUACGCAAACGAUGAUUGCUCUAAUGACAGACAGUGCAUCAAUUCUCGCUGCGCAAAUCCUUGCGUCGCAGGUGAUCCUUGCGGCAGGAAUUCAUUGUGCCACGUCGAUAAUCACUAUCCAGUUUGCAAAUGUCCAUCCAACUACAUGGGAGACCCAAGAACUGAAUGCAUACCACCUGCGAUUGUUGCUGGAUGUCUUUCCAAUAGCGAAUGUGCUGGUACAGAGGCAUGUGUGAACAAUCUCUGUGCCAGUCCUUGCAACUGCGGACCAAAUGCUAAAUGUAUUGUUACCAAUCAUUAUCCAUCCUGCGUAUGUUUGCCUGGCUAUUCUGGAAAUCCUCAACUGAAAUGUACCAAACUGGAAUGCGAGUCAGACAAUGACUGUAGCUACUCAGACACCUGCUACAACAGCCAAUGCGUAAAUCCUUGCAUCCUAGAGAACAAAUGUGCAAUAAACGCCGAAUGCUACGGUCAGAAUCAUCGUUCAGCAUGCAGAUGCGGUCCAGGAUACUUUGGAAACCCUGAAGUGCAGUGCGAGAGAGCAGAAUGUAACAGCGACUACGAGUGUCCUCAGAAUCUAGCUUGUCAAAACAGACGCUGCGUAAAUCCUUGCAGCACGCAGUCACCAUGUGCUCAAAAUGCAAUAUGCUACGUGCAAAAUCACGCAGCUCAAUGCAGAUGCCCUGAGCAUAUACCAUCAGGAAAUCCAUAUUCGUACUGUGAACGUCGACCACCAUUAGAGCAUGACAAACCAGAAUGUAAACAGGACAUUGACUGCCCAAGUAAAUUAGCCUGCAUUCGUGAUACAUGUGUUGACCCUUGCACGGUAAUCAGACCAUGCUUGGAGAACGCUCGUUGUGACGUCCUGGAUACUGUACCUGUACGAACUAUGGUCUGCACUUGCCCUCAAGGAUGGGUUACUGAUUCUGAUGGAAUAUGUAGACCAAUACAACUGACAACAACCAGAGGAUGUACCACGGAUGACGAGUGUAGCGACCGGGACGCUUGCGUCAAUAGACAAUGUCGCAAUCCUUGCAGCUGCGGUACAAACGCAGCAUGUUACGUAAAGAAUCACAAGCCAGUGUGUUCCUGUCAAGAGGGAUACCAAGGGAAUCCAGAAAUCGCCUGCUACAGCGUAGAGUGUGAACAUGAUUCUGAAUGUAUGCUGGACAAGGCCUGCGUGAACAACAACUGUGUAAAUCCAUGUCUGUUAUCUGAUCCAUGCGGCGUGAAUGCGGAAUGCUUCGCAAACAAUCACGUAGCAGAUUGCCGCUGUCGCAACGGCUACCACGGAAGUCCUCUGGACAAAUGUCGUGUGAUUGGAUGUUACAGUAACAGUGAUUGUCCUGGUGAUCAUGCCUGUACAAAUAUGCAGUGUAUCGAUCCUUGCAUACAUGAGAAUCCUUGCUCGCCCAGGGCUGAAUGCAGAGUGCAGAAUCAUUUGCCGAUCUGCAGAUGCCCACCGCAUUACACUGGCAAUCCUUAUGUAAAAUGUCAACAAGAACCAGAACCAGAAUGCAGACAGGAUGGGGACUGUCCAGAUCUAUUGGCAUGUCUCAAUCACAAAUGUCAGAAUCCUUGCACGAUCAUCCAUCCUUGCAGAGAACCAUCAGAGUGUAAAGUUUUGCCAAGCCUUCCGGUUCGCACGAUGAUAUGUGUUUGUCCAAGCGGCUAUGUCAGCAGUGGCAGUGGCACUUGUCAACCUACGAAACCUAUUGUCCCUAUCGAGUGCACGAGAGACAGUGAUUGCGCAUCUGAAAAGGCUUGCAUCAAUGCCGUUUGUAAAGAUCCAUGCGCUUGUGGCGAUAACGCGAUCUGCAAUGUUGUUAAUCACAAACCCAUCUGCACGUGUGUCAGCGGCUACGCCGGAAAUGCCGAUAUUGAAUGUACCAGAGUAGUCGGAUGCAGAGUAGAUAGUGAAUGCAGAGGAACUCACGCAUGCUUACAACAAAAUUGCGUACCAGCCUGCUCUCCUGGAUUAGCCAAUUGCGGAAAGGGCGCACAUUGCCAAGGAAUAAAUCACAAAGCCAUAUGUGAAUGUCCAUCAGGUUACGGAGGCAAUCCUCGCGUUUCUUGUGUACUUAUAGGAUGCAAGAGUAGCUCGGAUUGUCCUAGGAACAAGGCAUGCAUUAACAACAGGUGCGAAAACCCAUGCGACUUCAAUCCUUGCACUGGACAGACAGAAUGUGUCGUUGACAAUCAUGCUGUGGAAUGCUCAUGUCCGAUCGGAUACAUUGGCGAUACUAAAUCAGGGUGUACUAAGGUUGUGUCACGAUGCAAAGCAGACUUUGAAUGUCCUUCUCAAACUGCCUGCUUCGACGGGGAAUGUAUCAAUCCUUGCGACAAGAUCGCACCGUGUGGUAUCAACGCAGAAUGCAAGGUUCUGGACACUAAUCCUGUAAGAACAAUGAUUUGUGAUUGUCUGCCAGGAUUCCGUGGUAACGCAGUAGUACGUUGUGACAAAGCAAACAUCUGCGCUAUUGAGAAGGGGCAAGUACGUGAUAUCAAUGGCAAUUGCGUCUGUCAACCAGGCACUGCCAAGGAUCAGAAUGACAACUGCGUACUCUGUCGCAAAGAAUCUGGAAUGAAAAUCACCUCUGAUGGAUAUUGCGAAUGUGCUCUAGAAAGGGGAAUGGUUAUAGAUGAGUACGGACGCUGUGUCUGUCCUAUAGAACACGGCUACAUUCUGGAUACUGAUGGAAACUGCAAACUACUCGGCACUAUUGAAUGCUCGCGCGAUGAUGACUGUACUGAUAACAAAUAUUGCGAGAUAUCAAGCGGUACUUGCGAAGAUCCAUGUACUAAAUUGCUCUGCGGUGUUAAUGCACUUUGUAACGCAACUCAGCAUCAAGCUAUAUGCGUUUGCAUUAAUGGUUACAGCGGUGACGCCUAUACUCACUGCACUGACAAGAACAGACUUAGAACAGACUUCCCCAAGCCUGAGAUGGUCGUGAGCUGUCUCUCUGAUGGAGUUCAGGUUGAGAUUCAUCUCCAGGAACAAGCUUUCAAUGGCGUUCUUUAUGUCAAAGGACACAGUAAGGAUGAACAAUGUAGGCGCGUUGUUUCAAUACCAGGAGAUUCAGUAGCUCGCGCAGAAAUCUUUAAGGUUGCAUUUGGAAGCUGUGGUCUCAUUCAUGUAAACGGCCAAGCCAGUUUCGUUUUGGUUAUUCAAAAACAUCCUAAACUCAUCACAUACAAAGCUCAGGCAUAUCACAUUAAAUGUAUAUAUCAAACUGGAGAACAAAAUGUGACCUUGGGCUUCAAUGUCUCCAUGUUAACUACUGCUGGUACCAUUGCCAAUACCGGUCCUCCACCAGAAUGUCUAAUGAAGAUCGUCACGCAGAAUGGAAAAGAGAUCAGUUCGGCUGAAAUUGGAGAUAAUCUAAUGUUGCAGGUCGACGUGCAACCUUCAUCUAUUUAUGGAGGAUUUGCACGCAACUGUGUGGCCAAGACAAUGGAGGACAACAUGGAAAAUGAAUAUAUAGUAACAGAUGAAAACGGCUGUGCCACAGAUCCCACGAUAUUUGGCGAAUGGGAACAAAAUCCUGAAACUCAAUCGUUGAUGGCUACUUUCAAUGCUUUCAAAUUCCCCAGCAGUGAUAAUAUCAGAUUCCAGUGUAACAUUCGUGUGUGCUUUGGACGGUGUCAACCUGUCAAUUGCCGAGGAUACAAUGCCUUCGGUCGUCGGCGUAGGGACGUUGACUCUGAUCCUAACGACACUGCUCUGAGUGUAACUGAUGGAUACGAAGGUCAGCUUCGAGAAGAGAUUACUAUUCAAUCAAAUUCUAUAUAUACUCUGGAAAGAAGGGAGGAGAGAUACACGGCAGAUCCAGCCGAAGCUCCCGCUGCUCAACGUGUAGAAGAUAUUUGCGUGUCUAUGGUCGGCUUUAUCAUAGCAUUGGUAAUCACAGCACUUCUGGCGCUGGUCGCUGUGGCCAUUGCUGUAUCAUGCUGGCUUAUGGCGUAUAGACGUCAGCCAAAGACUGCCGGACCACUGCCACAUCCGCCAGAGUUCCCGAAUCCUUUGUUCACUACCGAAUCCGUAGCUGAACCAUCUCCUGACUAUCACAUGUCAUAAGUCUCCUUAGGAUAAUUAUAAUUUUACGAUUAACAUAAUUGUCUAGAUAUGAAUGACAAAAAUCUCUACCUGUUAUCGAGUGGAAUGCAUCUCUAACCAUUUAUCCUAUUGGUUGGUCUUGUAUUUCUGAACAGCAUCUCCUCCAGUGACUAACGUCUAUUUCUUUUCGUUUUUUCUAUUUCUAUAUACUUCUUUCUCUCGAGGGUCAAAUGAUAUUGUCGUACCGCGAAAUUGUUCGCCAGGUGCACGCGCGUUCGCGAAUGAUCGUGGCUUUAUUAUUUAUGGUGAUGGGCUUCUUCCAUUAUCUGUUACGUACGCGCAACACGAUCUUCUUUUGGAAAUUUUCUUUCUCUAUUUUCUUCACUAUCUCUAUCGUUCUGUCUCGAGUCAGUGGAGGAUUUGUUUAAUAUAUUUUUAAGAAUUUAAUUCAAUUGUAAAGUCAAACGAAUUAGUCUAAUAUAGCUUUCUUAUACUUAAAGUAAAUGAUUGUACAUUUUAUCUAAUAAAAUGCUAAUAAAAUAUG